GUCACAAUCGCCGAGGUCUUGUGACAGUGUUGUAGGAUUGCAUUGAACGACUGUUCAUGCUGAAAAACAACACUUUUACUGUUUUGCUGGAUUUUGCCAGUCUUGGAAUUAGUUCGAAGGCGCCGUGGACUAUUACAUUAGCUGCGCAAACAGCUUCAGAGCUAGCCUUAGUGUAAAAGGUCGUGAAGUGUUCAAGAUGGCGACAACGUGUGAAGUCCACACUCUCUAAAAGCUGCUGUUGACACCUUGCAUUUGCACCCCAUGUUGACACAAGAAGUCUACGACAUUUGCGGUGACAAAGACACGGGUCAAACGCUCGGGUCAUCAUCAUGGCUAAAGAGCAGCCGAAUCCACUGGAGCUCCUUCCCUUGCUGGAGUCCACUGAUUUGCAAGAAGUGCAGCAGGUCAAAGUUCAACUGCAGGAGCUCCUCAGCUCAGAUAAGGGAUCUUUGUUGCUUAACGGUUUGGUGGACUACUACCUGGACACCAACUCACCUCAGGCGGUGGAUAUCCUUUCCUCUGUCCGGGAACCUCAUGAUAAGCACCUCUUAGAUAAGAUGAACGAGUGCAUGGCAAAGCAGGGAUGCCGACUCCCAGCCAUCACCCUCCUCGGCCACGUUGUCCGCAAGCAGCCGUCGUGGAUCCACAAGAUCGCUCGGUUUCCCCUGCUGGCCUCACUUCUCAAAUGCCUCAAGACUGACUCUGAUAUGGUCGUUCUCAUCACUGGGGUGCUGGUGUUGAUCACCCUGCUUCCAAUGAUCCCUCAGACCGGCAAGCAGCUCCUCUUCGAGGUUUUCGACAUCUUUGGACGACUGGCAGCGUGGAACCAGAGAAACCCAGGCCAAGCUCAGAAAGAGUACCUGGUCCAUCUGCACGCCAGCGUCUACUCCCUCUUCCAUCGACUGUAUGGCAUGUACCCCUGCAACUUUGUCUCUUACCUGCGUGCCCACUACAGCAUGAAGGAGAACGUGGACACCUUUGAGGAGGUGGUUAAGCCGAUGCUGGAACACGUACGGAUACACCCGGAACUGGUCACCGGAACCAAAGACUACGAGCUGGAUCCCAUUCGGUGGAAGAGAUUCGAGCCACAUGACAUUGUGAUAGAAUGUGCCAAAGUUUCGCUGGACCCAAAAGAGGCGUCUUGUGAAGAGGGUUAUGCGACCAUACCGGAUCACGUGCCGGGUCGUCCUGUGGAUCAGACCAGCCUGUGCACGGACGUCGGCGGCUCUGGAGCUCCAUCAGUCACCUCCAUAUCGAACGUUCGUCAGUGUCUCUCGUUAUCUCUGCCACAUCUGACCGUCACCCAGCCGUCAUGCCCCACUCCACCGGCCUCAAGCCAUCAGAAUCAAGAGGUCAACUCCUCAGGGAUCAAGGACGUGCUUUGGAGCCCUUCCUCUGCUUGCGGAAUGAACACCCCCCCUAGUUCUAGAGGAAUGUCCCCCACCACCGUUUCGGAGCUAUCCCAGAGUGCCUCACACCCCUCAGGUCGUGCCCACAGCACGCCAGUGGAUGGGAAAUGGACUCCAUCUGUCUCAACUCCCUCUGGGUCCUCCCCUCUGCCCUCCCUUUCAGAGGAGUACGAACGUGGAGCCCAGCCGAACAGCACCAACAAGGAAGGUACAUUCCAGGAACACGAGAAGACAGCGCAAGCGAAACAAGAACCAAUCAGGGAGCAAGGAAAUGGUACCUCCACAAAUGUCAGCAGCAAAGGCGGUUCAGGCGAUGGUGUUAAGUCCAUGACGUUGACAGAGUUAUCUGACUACGUGAAAAAGAACGAGAAAGAGAGAGAAGACGAAUCCAUCACAGAGGAGCUGUUGAAACUCACCGAGAGCAGGCCCGCUGCCAUGGCGAUGCCAAGCCUUGACUCGCUCUUCUCCAACGCCGCUGACACGCCGACCGGACCCCGGGAGGAGCCGGCUCUUAUCCCCUCAGACUCGAACCACAAUUUACUCUCCACACCCGCCAAACCCAACAGUGUGUCCCAGAGCAGCAACCAGCAGCCCCCCUGGUCCAUCUGGCCAUGUUUUACCCCUAUCGAGGGUUCCCUUAACUCUGGAAGUCCUUACGUUCUCGAAGAUGGGACGCCCAACCCGAACAGGCGCGACCCGGUCCCGCGGGACCUGACGAGAGCCAUCUCCCUCAGCUACGAACCCCUGUUUGACUUGGCUCUACCCAGGGCGGCAUCUCUGUUCGUGGAGAGGAAAACCACCGAAGUUUACCAGCAGGCCCGUGGAGACCCCGAACUGAGCAAAGACCUCGAAAGUCGCAGUCUCUCGUCCACGUCCCCCCUGGACGUGCUGGAUGAGCUAAUUCAGCAAGGUCACGAUAGUCACGCUAGAGUUUUGAAACGAUCACCAUCACAAAGUUCUUCGACAGACUCAGUCUCUAGAGGUAAACAGCAUAGCAGUAAUAGAAAAGGCCUGUCUGCGCAGGAGGACGACCUGCCCGUGCUGCGCAGCCAGCUGCUGCUGCUCCAUAACCAGUUACUGUACGAACGUUACAAGAGAGAGCAGCACGCCAUACGCAACCGCCGGCUGCUACGCCGCGUCAUCAACGCCACCGCGCUGGAGGAACAGAACAACUCCAUGAAGGCCCAGCUCAGGCUGCUGGACGUGGAGAUGCAGGCGCUGAGGGUCAGCCUCCAGGAGGAGCAGCGACGCUGCCAGUACUUGCAGGAGGACAGGGAGGCGUCGGUGAAAAGGUUACAGGAGCAGAUCCAGCAGCUGCAGCAGGAGCGAGACGACUUCUGCAACAAGACUCAGGAGCUGAAGAGUGAUCUGCUAGAGACUCAGAAGAGAGUGGGAGAAAUGGAGGCGGAGCUACAGACGGCCAAUAACAAAGUUUGUAACACGGGACAUCUGCUCAGUCAGCUGUCACUCAAGCUCAACAACAGCGAGAACAUGGAGCAGCAAAUGGUGUUCCUGAACAGGCAGCUUCUGCUUUUGGGCGAAGCCAAUAAACUGUGUGUGCAGGAGAUCCAGCGUUUGGGACCUGAGGCGAACAAGGAGCUGAAGAUGCUCCAGACCUCCACCCAGAAGGAGAUGGAAAGACUGCGACAGAGCUCGGUCCAGCAGAACCAGCAUCUGGACACGGCCCAGCAGCGCAUCACCGACCUGGAGGCCCAGCUCUCCAAAAAGGACCAGCUCAUUCUUGAGCAGAAGAAGCUUCUGGAAAGCGUCAAAAACCAGGCCAAAGGGCAGCUGCAGGCGUCUGAGAACAGGUACUUGGCCCAAAAGCAUAUCACUCAAGCACUUCAGGCUGAGCUGCUCCAACUCUACAGCCAGUUGGAGAUCCACAACCUUAGUAACACUUCACCAGCAAGGGGCACCACUGAGCAAUGCAAUCCUACCAGUCUCAGGUCAAACAGGAACAGCACAAGCUCAGGGUCUUCGGCUCAGCCGGGCGAUCAGCACAAAGCUGAGGAAAACACUUACAUGUGUGUCAACGGCAGCGUCUCCCCAGAAGCUCCCCAGUCCCCUACAACCUCCCCCCUCAACGGCAGUCUGGAGGAGGACCCGGGCCUGCGGGGGGGACGUACGCCUACGCCCCUCCCCUGCGACUCCCCCCUGGGCGUCAGCUCCUACCCCACCGAGCGCAGCCUUCUGGGGAUGCGGGCCAGACAGCUCUUCCGGAACAAGAGCGAGAGCCAGCAGGAAGAGGACGGGGGGAUGCCCCCGCUGGAGAGCCUCUCGCUGGGUCUCCAGGCCGACCGGAGCCUGGGGAGGCUCCCGGAGAACGCCCAGCCGCCCAGGCGCGGAGACGUGGCCGCCGCGCCCCCGGCCCCGACGUCGCCUUCUCACGGCCAUCCUGAGGGACACAGGGCGAGAGCCUUCAACGUCCAGAGCAGGAGGCAGGACCUGAAGAUUAUGGACUACAAUCAGGGAAAGGGGGAAUAAGGUGGAAGGCGUGAGACGGGACAGGAGAAGGAGGAAGCAGAGAUGUAGUUCGACAAAACGAGACAGAACUGAGAAAUCGAAUGAGACGUAGUGAGACGGAAUGAGACGGAAUGAGUAGACAAAGAGAACGACUUUGUAUGCAUGUAUGUCUUGUGUGUAUGAGAGAGAGAGAGAAAGAGGAUUAGACUUCGUGAGACAGGUUGAACGAGGAAAAAAAAAAAAAGAGAGAGAGAAAGGUGGAGAAACUGCUGCUGAAAGAUUUGCUUGCUAUAAUAAUUUGAGGGAGGAAGGUUUUUUUUUUGGGGAACUCAGUAUUAUUACAUGGCUUGCUGCUCUUCUCAUCGGAGAGUGGACGACAAAACUUUUAGCUCGUUUUAAAGCUGUAAUAAGAGAAAAAAAAAAUACACAAAAACACUACAAAAAAACAAAACAAAAAAAAAACACCCCACCUGAAAUGAGUUAAAAUGUUAAGGUAAACAAAAACAUGUCUUUUGAAUUCACAGUGACACUAUGACCUGUUGAUGAACUGCCUUAAUGCCGUCGCCGUUUUUUAACCAGACAGGCAGGUUUUGAGUCAUUACAACGAGUACUAGCCCCUUGGCUGCUGUGACUCACAUUCGAGUAAAGAAAACAGAGGCAUUGUCAGGAACUGCUGCAGUGACCCUUAAUGCACCGCACAGAAGCUGAGCAAUAAUGUAGCUAUUUUUAUUUUCUUUUUCUUUUUUUUUUUCUCUUUUUGUUCCCAUUUUGCUUGUCUCCUGCCCCGCCCCCUUUGAUUUUGGUUCUUUCUGACCUCCUUUCUUGUAUUCCUCUGUUCUCGCUUUCUUUUCCUGUUUUCAGUAGAUUACUGUAUAUUACUAGAAUACUAGUCAGUCUCCUGCACAGUAUGAAAUGGAGGGGCGAGAUGUAUGAAAUCAAAAAAAAGCUGUUUUGGAUUUUUAAUAUCAGGGGAGUAUUCCAGAAAGUGGGUUUGGUGGAAAAACUCAGAGCAAGUCGUAAACCUCAUAAUAGAAGAGCUCUAUGACUUUGUUUUGCUAGGAGGAUGAUGCCAUAGGU